GCAGCGAGCUGAGAGCGAUGGGUGGGGCCUAGCUCGGCCAAUCCGGGCUCGCGGUGCUGGAGAGGCCCAGGCGCUGUGGCCGGGAGCGGAGAAGCGGCCCAUGCCAGCGGGUCAGUAGGAGCCGCAGCCCAGCGGGCCCGGGCUCUGGAUAUGCCGGUCCGCACCGAGGUGAGCAGCACGGCCUCCGGCACCUCGUCCCUCAUCCCGCCGCCUCCCAUCAACACACAGCAGCCCGGGGUGGCCACCACCCUCCUCUACAGCGGCUCCAAGUUCCGGGGCCACCAGAAGAGCAAGGGCAACUCGUACGAUGUGGAGGUGGUGCUGCAGCAUGUGGAUAUGGAGAAUGCCUACCUGUGUGGAUAUUUGAAGAUAAAAGGCCUUACCGAGGAAUACCCAACCCUCACCACCUUCUUUGAAGGAGAAAUUAUUAGCAAAAAGCACCCGUUCCUGACGAGAAAGUGGGAUGCAGAUGAAGAUGUGGAUCGUAAACACUGGGGGAAGUUUCAAGCCUUCUAUCAGUAUGCAAAAACCUUCAAUUCUGAUGACUUUGGCUAUGACGAGCUGAAGGUUGGAGAUUAUGUCUUCAUGAGAUGGAAGGAGCAGUUCUUGGUCCCUGAUCACACAAUCAAAGAUAUCAGUGGUGCUUCCUUUGCUGGUUUCUACUACAUCUGCUUCCAGAAGUCUGCGGCAUCCAUAGAAGGCUAUUACUACCAUCGAAGCUCUGAAUGGUAUCAGUCUUUAAAUUUGACGCAUGUCCCAGAACACAGUGCGCCCAUCUAUGAAUUCCGGUGACAGAAGACCUGGCUCUGAGCCCACGGCGACAGAAUCCAUGCAGGGAUAUGCUACUCUCCUCUUCUGUCAAUAGACUUUAAGAAGAAUGUAUGAGUGUUAAAGAAACUGCGCCAUAAGCUGGCGUCAUCCCUCCCCAACAAGUCGCAGAUUUUAUUAUGGCUUUUUCCCCCCCCCUCAUUGAUUCAUAAGCUAUAAGCUUUGAACGGCUUUCUGUUAUGUUUUUUAAUUUUUAUUUACUAUAUGCACAUGACGCAAAACCUCAUUGGUUUUUCUUCUGAAUGCAAGAUUCCAGCUGACACCGUACAUGUUCCAGUUCCAGCUGCGGGGCAGAUGGCUGCCACUCACGAAGUGUCAUUUGUGCAUUUUAUUUUUUUUCCUCUUCAGUGCAUCACCACUUGUGACACUUGACGUCUGCGAUCUUUGCUGCAUCUUGACAGAUUGACUGCAUUAAUAUCUCCAAGCAUUAAGCGGAGACUUGCGUUACUGCGUCAGCCAAUCCUAAACGGGUUACACACUCCAUUAAAAGAGCAAAAUGUAUUUUUAUUUUUACCCCAAUACCCACCCUCCCCAAAUCCUGAAAUCUUAACCACCUAUGAAAUAAUAAAAUGGAAAUUAUUUUUAGGGCCCUUUUUUUAAGAAGGUCCCAAGAGCAGAAAGAUUUAGUUAUGUUGGACUGCAAUACAUUUGACUGUUUUCACAUUGAAAAUGGCAAAUGUCAGAUUUUUCUAAAAUAUAUAAAUAUAUAUAUAUAUAUAUUAUAAAUACACAUAUUUAAUCAGAACAUAAAUCUGAGAGCUGCUUGCACGCAGACACAAGAUGUAAUGAGACAUGGUAAGUCUUCUGAUCUAAUCUGUAAUGACUGCCACUGCAUCAGUACCAGACCGUGAAAUCAUGAAGUCUGUGUCCUGCAUCCUAAGUGCCCCAAGUCAAUGGAAGACUGGUCUUCACUGCAGGAAGAAAACCUCACCGUAACGGUCUCUUUAUUUGGCACACGGUGGAAGUUUGGAAAAGCCACGUGCUCCAAUCAAAUUACGAUCCCUUCAACCUCUACAGAAAGAUUUUUUUUUUAUUUUUUUAAUUGACUCAUUGCAAGGGAUUACAUUGUUUAUGCUGCAGGCUUUGGUAAAAUCCAUGGAAAUACAGGGUGGGAAUAGCUGUGAACUUUGCAACCCACGCUGUGUUCGUAGGACUGUAAAAGGCGAUCAGCACCUGCGAAGCUUGGUCCCUCUCCAAAAGCUACAAAAUCCUUUUAUUACUCUGGAGCUUUACAACCCAAAUUUCUGCUUGGGAAUUAGUGUCACAAAAUCCAUUUAACCACUGUUAGCAGUUAGGUUUACUGAUCCACCAACAGGGGAGUGGUUAAUGGAAAUGACACCAUUGUCUUGUAUGAGUUUAAAAAAAAAAAACCCUUAUAAAUAACCCGCAUCUUUGUUACACUUCAGUGUUGUUGAAACUGGGAUGAUUUUAUGUGUCUGCUCUUCUAAGCUUUUGCAAUGUGUGGGUAAAACGAGUGAGCAGACCUGGGCAAUGUGUUAUUCAGAAUAUAGAUGUUGAUACAUUCUGUCAUCUGGCUCCCUGCAAUGCAUUGUGGUUAACAAAGUGGCAAAAUAACACUCUACAUUGUGCCAUGUUGGUGUUUUGCUUUGAUUUUAUUUAAAGCAGACCUUUCUCCCCCUGCUGUUGGUGAGCUAAAACUGCAAUACUCAGCCAGAGUUUAAGCUAAAUAGGGAUAGGCAACAGGUAUAGCAUUUAUUUUUAAUAGAGCUGCAAUUUGUCGUGUUUUAAAGGGCCAUGGCUAUCUCUAGUAUUGCAGCACUCCCAAGACAUUAUCUACAUACCUCGUUUGCAGUCUAAAGAAAUAUACCGUAUAUCGACCAUAACGAAAAUACCUGGUUGCAAGAAAAAGAUUGCAAAGUAACAAUUUAUAUAGAUCUUCCAGUAAUUUGCUGCUGACUUUGAAUCCGAGGCUGGGACACCAUGAUAGUCCUUUGGCCACAGUUUGAGAACCAUAGCAAUAGCCUUUUCACAUUUGGGGAGAUUUAUCAAAGUGUUUAGAACUCUCUUUUUGUGGCAUCCAAUCUGUUAUUUAUUAAAUAGUAAAAAGUGUCAGCUUUUCUGGCAAGGGGAAAAGUGAUGUAAAGAUUUGCUAGACGUGCAGCUUUUAAUAGCAUUAAUAAUUGUGUAUGUUUAAAACCUAUAAAAAGAGCAAUAGGUGGGGAGGCAGACUAAAUAAAAACGAAACGAAGGAAAACUGCCUGCAACACUUUAAUAAAUACUCCCAAAUUAGUCUAACAAACUCUGCAGUUUGCAAUACUCACAGUGUGUCUCACGAGAUUUGUGAAUUUAAAGUGAUGUUCAAAUGUUAAGCCAAAAUAACUGAACCGAUUUUAAUUUUGCUUUUUGAAAUUUGCUUUAACUGACCAACUAUUCAUAAAUUGGUGAAUAACCGUGACAGGUUAAUUAUAUGAGGCUUCAGAUUUGGAUUAAUUCCCAAAUGACAAAGCUCACAUCGUCUUUUUCAUUAACCAGCCGUGACGUUGCUCUUACUGACUGCAAUGCUCAUCAUACGUGUUAAAGAGAGCCAGGUCCCGGGUUGUGAAGAUGUCUGAAAUCAAACCUUCAGAGGGCCAGAGGAGUGCAAAAUGUAAAGAAAAUAUUAAGCCAAUAAUUUACUUUAUAAGCAGCAUAUUACUAUCUGAUAAGGUUUUGAUUGUGUUAUUAAAGGCACAGAGACUACAGCUUCUUAGCAAUCUAAGAACUGAUAGUUUUCCUUGCAAUUCUGGCAAUUUAUGCCAUCUUGAAAUUGCACGUUUACCUUUAGCAGAUCUAAUAAGGGCAGCUGCUGCCAAUAAAGACAACUGAGUGUCGGCAUAGGGUCUUUAAGGGCUAGAUUGUUAUGACAACAUAGAAAAUCAUUGGUUCUUUAAGGGUGUUAAGGACCUUGUAAAUCAUCCAUUCAUUAUUAAUAUUGAUCCAAAAAAAAAAGCAUUUAUGUUUCUUAUUAUAUAAUCAUUCUCAAAAUUGAGCCUUAGUACGUGUUCUUGUAUGGGUUUACUGUUACUGUCUGUCAGUGUGUGGGCAUGGUACUAUAAGAGGGGUUUUAAAACUCCUGGCCCCCAGCUGUUAGGGCACAUCUCCCAGAACCUUUCCCGUACUUUUUUUCUGGCAAAGGAGUUUGGGAAAUGUAGUUUGCUUACAGCUAAAGGUUAUGUGUUUGAAUGCAUCUCUUUACGACCUGUCUAUGAAAUCUUGGGGUAGCUUCUGAGUCAGACACCCUAACACGGAUGGCUACAGUUGCGAACCUGUGUAUUUGGUAUUAUGAUUGUAUGAAAGUAUAGUUUUUUGAAUAAUACAAAUUUCAAUUCCUUGGCUCGCAGGGCUUUAUACACCAAACCAGGAAUGGUGAAGAUCGAACAAUUGAAUCGCAAAUAGUCCAAGAACGUAAACCUAGAUCUAUUCUCCAAUCUAGCAAUUUGUGGCCCAAUCUCCCGAGAUCAUUGUGUGCAAAUGGCAGUGUUCAGAUUGCUAUCAGAUUAUAAUUACAGUAUACCAAACAUAGCACUCCACCAGUUUAGCCAACAGACUUCUAAUUAAUCUGUUAAUGGAGCUGUGUGAAUUGUAUCUAUUUAUUUUUACCUUGCUGAAACAGCUGCUCUUAAAGGGACACUGUAGUCACGGUAAUGGAUUCAUCUUUAUUGAAGUGGAUACUGUGUCUGGGUUCCCAUGGCACGGACCUAAAGUUCAGUUUUAAAACGUUUUUAAUAGUUUAGUGAAUAAGAGUCUCCAGCAGCCUAUCUCCUCUGUGCUGCUCGGGCUAAUGAGGAAACCACAACUGGCUUCAUCCUAUUCUAGCACCCAUUAUUGUCAUGAAUUGGUGUGGCUAAGCUGCAGUCUCUGCCUUACCCAUAUCCCCAGUUGGAGCCAGGCUGGUGUGGCCAAGAACCUUUAUGCAGAGUUAAACUGCUCGUUGGUGGUUUAAUACUGAAUGGAGGGACUAUAACCAAUUUAGUGAGCUGAAAUAUGUCCCUUUAAAUCCAGUUAUUCAGUCAUUAAAAUGUCUGCAUCAAAACGCCACUCUAACAAGAGAUACUCUGUACCUAUUUCUUCUUUCACGAAGCCAGAAUCUAAAAUACCAUGCACUUGCUUUUCCUUCUCCUGGGAUCUGGCGUUUGGCAUAAACCAAGCACAAGGUGAAGAAAGAGUUCUAUUUGCUGCUAUACUAUUUAUGGAACUAGAAGUCUUGAACCUAUUCCAGCAAUCAUUGCAAGCCCUACCCAGAAGCUUUAACAAUACAGGGAACCCUUCUUUCAAUCAGUAAAUUGGCAGCAGGGUACGUGGUCACGUUCGGAUAUACUGUCUGCCACAUUAGGCUUUACAAAUAUCACAUCUCAGAAUGCAUCAGUGAUAUGCCCGUUAAGUAAAUACGGGUCUGAGAUUGCUCCGAUAUGUUUCCUGCAGCAUAUAAAUGCUACAUACUACAAAGCGUGUGUUUUCAUGCACUGCCCAUCAACAGGUGGAAGUGAUCCAAGUCCAGGAAAACACAAUAGUUAUUCAGUAUUGCUUCAAAACAUUAUUUAACAGGGAAGUGUUUUUGUUUCGUUCGUUUCGCUGCAAUCCAAAAUGAACUAAAGUGCUCAGUGUAUUAACUUACUCUUAACAAGCAGGGUUUAUGCUGUUGUUAAAAUGAUAAGAUGGCAAGUGUCUGCUUAACUCUGAUCUGCCAUGUGGGCCAGCGUAGGCCCAUCCUGGCUGCAAAAACAUUAAAGGGCAGGCGUUCGGUGUAGGAGCGUCUAUUUUCCUCGCUCGUGUUAACGCACAAUUGUUGUAUGGAUGAGCUUUUCUUGUGUUCGUGGAAUUUAUAAGGCAGGGUUUGGCACACAAUCCUAAUGAUAAUAAAUAAUGAAUUGAAAAUUUUA